AUGUCUGGGCUGCCGAAUACCUCCCUCUUUCCUGGAUACCGUCAGGUUGACCCGUUCGAACCUGACGAAGAAUACGAAGAGGAAGAGGAAGUUUCCUACGUAACCCUGGACAUGGGCUCGAUAGACCCCACGUUGUUGCCUAGCCUGUCGGCCUUUCGCCUUAUUGGCCUCGAUACGCCGACACCUUUCAUUCAGCUCGGCGGCUGCAUCUUCAAGGGUCAACACCACAAUCUUCUCGGGACGGAACUACUCUUUACAGAUGAAGACAGCCAACCUAGUCGCCGCGGAGUUAUAUGCAUCGGAACGUCAGAGCGACGAAUCCUCUUCAAAGAAGUUCAUGUAAAGCCUCGCCAGGCCGAGGAAUCCGACGAUGUAGAAGAACCAUCGCAGAAGCCCUCGGGGAUUACCCCUGCUGUUCGUAGCAUCGAGUCUUUGACAAAAGCAAAGAAGGGUCGGCCCGGUCGUCGUCCCAAACAGCCGCCACAGGUGGAACUACGUGACAACAGUCACACAGCGAUGUCGGAUAGCCAGAUGCCAGAUGCGCAGGCUCACACAGAUAUUGCACCUGAAGGCGAUGAGGCAAUGGACAUCGAUGAAACCUGAAGUUCUUCUGCCUUGGGGAAGCUGUGAUAUAUCCGCGUAUAUUGCACAUGAACGAGGCACAACGUCUCUGCUUAAGAGCCGAUGCAAAGCCUCAAGCCUCCUCGAUACCUCUGUAGAUCCAGCCGGGGCGAAGGUUGAACGUCACAUGUUAAUUGCGGACCUCUUGGAUAGACGACACCUUUGCCCUUACAGGCCACAUCUUUCUAAAUAUCAUCACAAGACCUGUACAGGACGUAAAAAGGUGGUUUCCUGCCUAUAGUCGGACCCCUAGUCGCAGGAACCUGAUUGAAUCACGACUACUGACGAUAGUAAGUUGCAAAACGCAAUGAUACUGUACCUUUGUUGGGG